GGCAUUUUUUCCCAGGGUGCUUGAACGCAUCAGUCUUGCGUACAACGGUUGGCUGGCUGGCCAUUUACGAGAAAAUAGUGGCACCGGCAAUUUAACACUUUGGUAAAAUGGCGACUUUUUAAACGGUGACGACUUGUACGGAGUUUAGAGUCGCUAGUUGGAGCGAGGGCACCUUGCCCUGUCCUGGCUGAGCGACGUGGGGGGAAAAACAACACCUGGGCGACAGAACCGCGUUCACCGUUGUCUGCGUUAUGUCCAAACUACCAGGCAACGCAGGUGUGUCGCUGCUCGGGGACAAGUCGCUGGACUUCUACCGGGACCCGGUACUCUUCUGCCGGGAGAAGAUAGAUAAACACGGCAGGGUGUUUCAAAGCCGCCUGAUGAACAGACCCACCACCUUCGUGUGCUCGGCGCAGGGCAUGAGAGAGCUGCUGUGCGAGAAGUCCAAUGUGUUUCUGAAGGAUCCGACCGAUCUGAUGACCAAUAUGUACGGUGACACCAUUGUUACCACAAACGGCGAAGAAGCGUGUCUUCUCCGUCUGUCUCUCACCAGGUUGUUUACAGGAAGUUGUUUACACUCAGCAAUUGGUUACAUCACCAGGGUGUGUGAACAGUGUCUGAAGGAUCUCAUCCACAGCGACGAGCCACGGUGUGUGUACACUGCAUUCAAGCAACUUGGGACGGAAUUGGUUUUGGGUCUUUUUCUCAAUGUGCAUGCAGACGAGCAGCCGGAACUUUUCCAGAAAAUCACACAACUCUGCACUCAGCACUGGCAUGGUUUGAUCUCUGCUCCAGUGAAUGUAAAGGUCCCUUUAUGGUCAUCUGGAUUUUCCGUGGCCUUGGACGCCAGAGACCAGCUGAUGGAAAUCAUCAAAGACAAACUGGCGAAUGACACAGAGGGUUUUGUGGGCUCCCUGAGGUCUCUGCCGCUGCCCGGCUCGAGCUGUGCUUCCCAGCAUCUCCUUCUGUUCAUCUCAGCCCUCAUCCCCAAAGCUCUGGCAUCACUACUCACCUCGUUCACUGUGGCUCUCAGUGGAAAAGAGCAGGAAGAAACCCGUCGACGAGCGUUGAAGGAUGCUGAUUAUCUGCAAGGCGUCCUGCUGGAGGUGCAGAGACUCUGGCCUCCUUUCAUUGGGGGACGCAGGAUAGCAGAAAAGGACACGACCCUUGCAGGUUUUCACGUCCCAAAGGGAUAUGGUGCUAUCUAUAUCAGUCACGCCGUCCACCGGGACCCGCAGGUGUUUGAGCAGCCCGACAGCUUCCUGCCGGAGAGAUGGAGCGGGAGGAAUGCAGACCACAAGCACUUCCUUUGUUCUUUCGGCAGCGGAUCUCGAAACUGCAUUGGUGCUAAACUUACGAAUGUCUUCCUGAAGGAAGCAUGCACGUUCCUCUUAACUCACUAUGACUGGUGUCUGGACCCGCCAUCUCAAAACCUGGACUACAAAUGGCUGCCCGUGUCUCGGCCCGCCAACCCUCCCACGGUCUCCUUCACUCGAACGGACCAGGCCAGAACCGACGGGAACAACGCCCCGUAGAGUGUUGUAAAAUCUCCAUCACACAGUGUAGGACAAAAGCCAACCCGAAAGAGCUUUCCCCUGAAGCGUCAUGGGAAAGUUCUCGCUCGCUGUUACCCUCUCAAGGGUGUGCAAUAAGAUCGAUACAACGUUGACUGGUACAUGUCACUAUUUAAUAAUAAGGUUACAAAAAUAAUCCAAACUAUAGUUGCCACCAGAGAUAGUCACCGUAGACUUUGUUUCACGUAUCCUUUCGCAGUAGUGUAGUAGUCCAUAAAAAAUCAUUUUAAAAAAAGAAACACACAUGCACAUUGAGGGUAAACCCUCAGAUUCCAUCAGUGACUGCAAAAGUGUCCCCCCCAACGGCCCCUCCUUUUCUCCACGCUUCACCACCUAGCAACCAGCGCUGCUUAGCAACAGUUCGUCAUACCGACACGGACUUGCUUCCUUUUAGUAUGCACACACACACACACACACGUACAAACACACUAACCUGAUUUUUUUUUUUUUUUUUUUUUUUUAAUGAUUCAGGUGCUGGUAUUGUGAAUCACAUGCUAAAGAUGCCAGAAUGUGUUUCACAGUUGCAAAUGAAAUGACCUGGAAGAAAAAAGAAAACAGAUUAUUUUCAGCUCAUGAAUCAUCGCCCGAGUGAGAUCAAUGCAAUCCAUAUUUCAUACUGACAAUUAGCAAAAAAAGAAAAAUUAACUUUCCACGCAGCUCUUCCAUGUUUGGGGUCAGUAGGUGUGGUAACUUCCAGUCCCCAGAAUAUUGUGUAGUGAUAAAUAUGACAACAUCAAACUCAAUGUAUACUCACUGUUUGCUGGAAAUACAGUGAAGAAAGUAAGUAUUUGAACACCCUGCUAUAUUGCAGGUUCUCCCACUUAGAAAUCAUGGAGGUGUCUGAAAUUUUCAUCGGAGGUGCAUGUCCACUGUGAGAGCGAUAAUCUAAAUAGAAAAAUCCAGAAAUCCCAAUGUAUGAUUUUUUUUUUAACAAUUUAUUUAUGUGAUACAGUUGCAGAUAAGUAUUUGAACACCUGUCUAUCGGCUAGAAUUCUGACCAUCAGAGACCUGCAUGGCACAGAAGGUUCCUCUGCUUAAACCACCACGUCAACCCCGUCUUAAGUUUGCCAAAUGACCAUUUGGAUGAUGCAGAGGAGUCAUGGGAGAAAUGUUUGUGGUCAGAUGAGACCAAAAUGCAACCUUUUGGUCAUAAUUCCACUAAACGUGUUUGGAGGAAGAGGAAUUAUGAGUUCCACCCCAAGAACACCAUCCCUACUGUGAAGAUAUGCUUUGGGGGUCUUUUUCUGCACAUGGGACAGGAUGACCACACUGUAUUAAGGAGAGGAUGACCGCGGCCAUGUAUUGUGAGAUUUGGGGGAACAAGCUCUUUGCCUCAGUCAGAGCAUUGAAGAUGGGUCGUGGCUGGGUCUUUCAAUAUGACAAUGACCCAAAGCACUCAAGGAGUGGCUCCGUAAGAAGCAUAUCAAGGUUCUGGCGUGGCCUAGCCAGUCUCCAGACCUAAACCCAAUAGAAAAUCUUUGGAGGGAGCUGAAACUCCGUUUUUCUCAGUGACAGCCCAGAAACCUGUCUGAUCUAGAGAAGAUCUGUGUGGAGGAGUGGACCAAAAUCCCUCCUGCAGUGUGUGCAAACCUGGUGAACAACGACAGGAAACGUUUGACGUCUGUAAUUGCAAACAAAGGCUACUGUACCAAAUAUUAACAUUGGAUUUCUCAGGUGUUUAAAUAUUUAUUUCCAGCUGUAUCACACAAAAAGUUCGUUAAAAAUAAUAUAUUGAGAUUUCUGGAUUUUUCUUUUUAGGUCAUCUCUCUCACAGUGGACAUGCACCUACGAUGAAAAUUUCAGACCCCUCCAUGAUUCCUAAGUGGCAGAACUUGCAAUAUAACAGGGUGUUCAAAUACUCAUUUUAUUCACUGUACACGAGGUUACAGCGAAUGACGUGCAGGUAAUACCAUUAUAAAUGAUAUAGUCAUCCAAGUAUCAGCAAUGCAAAAAAAAGAUCCUGAACUAAUUUAUCAAGCCAAAUGCAGUUUCACAGUACAUACGUGUAGGUUUGUGUGUACUCACAAGUAGAUUUCCGCGGCUUUAUCUUUGAGCACUUUGAAAAACAACUGAACCUGUAAAAGCGCUAAACCUAGAAUUGUUUUUAUUGUAAUUGUUAGGUGCAGACACAACAAAAUUACGGUUUUAGAAACAGUUAAAUAAUCAUAAAAAAGAUAUAUAUAUCAUAUAACAGCAUGCAUAAGCAUAUAAAACUCACAGGUUCGAUGUUGUCAUGGCUCAAGAGUUUCUUGAACUGUUGAGUACAUAUUCCUAUAAUACAACCGCACGUUAGCACACAUUAUAAAGCAUAAUGUUGUGUUUCUAUCAGUACCAGGAAAAAAAAUAUAGAUAUAGGAAACGCGUAGACUCCAAACCUUUCCGCUUGUGUAGAUGGUCCACCAGUUAGGGAUUAAGAAUCAAUAAUUAAACUUCAAUUUGCGGGUCAAGUUACAUGCCUUUCACUCACAACAUCCAUCACUCUGUCACUUACUUAUUGUUUCAUUAUAACAUGAUGUGAAAUUAUUUUGUAUAGAUGUUUAGUUUUUUUUUUAAUAUUGUUUUAAGUUAUUUAAUUAUCACUGAAUUGGUCGAGUUGUUUUCAUUUGGGAUUUGGAUCCUAAAAUAUAUAUAUUUAUAUAAUGGCUGUGAUAUUUUCUUCAUCAAGAUUAUUUUUUUCAAAAUUAGAACAGUAAAGACUGGAAGAAAAGAACCGAACAGCAAUAUUAAACAUCUUCCACUGUCAAAAACGUGAUUUUUGUCCUGCGCUUUGCCGCUUCAGUGGCCCUAUCUUGCGCUCUGCGCGACCACAUCACUGCAGACACGAACCCGUGGACACGUGCUCGCAGACGUCGCACAUCACGCUGCGUCCGCCUCAGAAAUGGGCCGCUUGUUAAGAGUAGGAUGACUCACUGCCCUCCGUCCACCAGCAGCAUCUCCCCACGACGGUUGACGACAGCGGGCCACAGCCACUCUUCCUUUUGCCCCCCCCCUUUCCUUUUUAUCAUGCCUUUUUCCUUUGUUUCUUUCAUCCUGCUGGAUCGAUUUAAAAGAGGGCGAGCACAAUGGCGGGUAAAACAUUCGACACUUUGUCAUAAGUGUUGUAAGGGAAGCUUCAGUGAGAUUUGGACUUGGGUGAAUCAUAGCCAUUGAUGGGCAAAAAGAACGUUUGCAGUUUGUUUGAAAAGUGUGACUUCACAAUGAAGUGUGAAUGUUUUUUUUCUUUCACAAUACAAAGCCGUCUGACUGAAUAAUUUUCUAAUUUGAUGACCAAAUAAAACAUUGU